UUCUAGAUAGACAAGCAGAAGUUAAUUUCUUCCAUUCCUAUGGAACGGUCAUGGUUCUUCUCUCUUUUAUUGCUCAUCUCCAUAUACAACCUUGCCCAGUCCACUGUCCCUCCUUCUUCCAGAUUUAAGGAAGUUAAUACUGGAGACUUUGCGGAAGCCCUCUCAGAGUAUAGUUCAGAUUUUCGCGGCCUGGACCUCUCUGUUUCCAUUUUCCAACUUUGCUUUUAUAACACCACCCCUAAUGCAUUCACUCUCGCUAUACGUAUGGGUACUAGGAGGUCACCUGCAAUGAGGCGUUUUGUUUGGGAAGCCAACCGAGGCAACCCAGUUGGGGAAGAUGCCACUCUCACUUUUGGUGAGGAUGGUAACCUUAUCUUGGCCGAUGCUGAUGGCAGGGUUGCUUGGCAAACCAAGACUGGCAACAGAGGUGUUGUAGGCUUGCAAAUGCUAACAAAUGGUAACAUGGUGCUUCAUGAUUCUAAAGGCAAUUUCAUCUGGCAAAGUUUUGACUAUCCUACGGAUACUCUUUUGGUUGGUCAACCUCUUCGUAUUGGAGGCGUCACCAGGCUUGUGAGUCGAGCAUCUGACAAACAGAACACAAAUGGAGCUUAUAGCCUGGUCUUAGAACCCGAAAGAUUAGCCAUGUAUUACAAGAGCCCAAACUCCCCCAAACCAUAUGUCUACUACACAUUUAGUAAACAGAAAGGGCGUCUGCAAUACGUGAGGCUAAGUAAAACCCCAAAUUCGGAAGACCUGAGUCUUGAGUUCUCUACAGGCGCUAGAACCUUGCUCUCUAGGCCCAAAUUCAACAGCACAAUGUCAUUUCUUCGACUCGGCGUAGAUGGGAAUCUUAGAGUCUACACAUUCAAUGACAAGUUAACUUCAGCUUCUUGGGAAGUGACUUUCACUCUUUUCUCUAGAGAUGCACGUAUUUGGGAAAGUGAGUGCCAAUUGCCACAGAAAUGUGGCAAGUUUGGGCUUUGUGAAGACAGUCGAUGCGUUAGUUGCCCAUUGCCAACUGAGUUUAGGAAAUGGACCAAGAAAUGUGAACCAGUGAAGUCAUCUGUGUGUAACAAGAAUUUCUAUUACUAUAAACUGCAAGGGGUUGAUCAUUCGAUGAGCAAGUACGGAGAUGGAAGUGGACCGAUGAAGAAGACAGAUUGUGAGAAGAAAUGCUCCGGUGACUGCAAGUGCUCAGGCUACUUUUACAACACAAAGACAUCGAUGUGUUGGAUUGCUUAUGACCUACAAACGCUGACCAAGGUUGCCAAUCCUACACAUGUGGGUUACGUAAAAGUACCGAACCACCAGUGAGAGCUGGCCUGCUUGCUUCACCAAUGCAAGUAGUAAAACAAAAAAAAAAGAAGAACAUCUUAUUAUAGUUUUCGUGUAUGUACUGUAUGUCUUUACCUGGUGCCCCGAGUUUAUUGCUUGCUGACAUUUUGUGGAGCAGUUUUUGCUACUCGCAAUUUACUUUACUGUUUCUUUCAGUAACAAAAAAUAAAAAUAAAACAGUUGGGCGUUUCAAGGCACAUCUUAUUUUUCCCUUUUCA